GGACAGUUUCAGCGAUUCGCUGAGCGAAACUUGUGCAUCGUGAAAGUUUUGAACAGAAAUGGCAAAAGUGGCGGCUUUGUCUCCCUUCAUUCAUUUGAUUUCGCUCAUGCGGUUACUGAAGAAGAUCUGAAGAAGAACCCUGCUAUUGAGCUUUACGCGGCUCCGUGUUUGCCCCAGUUACCGGAAUUUCCUGUGCCGGCAUGCUAUGCCCGUAUCGUUGAUGACAAAACAAAGAAAGAGCUGUUGCAACAAGCUGAUGGUGAGCUGGCUGCUGAUGAGUCACAGAGAAGUGCUGCUCUGCUACCGAGUAUUGAGGAAAAACUUGCCGAUAUUCGCAUUUCCGAUGCAGGCGUGGACGCGGAUGUUGCCGUGGGUAGCACAAAUAGAAGUGCUGCUCUGCUACCGAAUAUUGAAGAAAAACUUGCCGAUAUUCGUAUUUCCGAUUCAGGCGUGGACGCGGAUGUUGCCGUGGGUAGCACAAAUGGCCAGUCUUGUGAUCCGAAUUGCGAAACGUGCAAGUGCAUUGCCCGACUGCUGGCAGUCCGGUCAGUGGCCGAAGUGCUGGAGGAGGAGGAGCCGGAUCUCUUCAAGGAUCUGUGCGACUUCAUUGAACGCUGCUAA